AUAUAUAACUAUAAAAGAGGGUCAAUGAAGUCAAUCUGGUCUUAAAUAUAGAAGGGGUGUAAGGGAAAAUGGUCAAGUUGUACAGUUGAAUUGAUCAGGCAAGAAUUUGAAGUUUUUCCUAACAAUUUGGAAGAACGGUUGGAUUGUACAGCUGAAUCUUGGAAUUGUUUCCCAAAAUAACUGCACAAUCAAAAUUAGCAUCCUUCAUUCCCCCCUACAAAUAGGCCAUGAAAAUUCACAAAACCUCACAACCUUGUGAAUUCUGAUAAGAAACAAGAACCAAAGCAUGAAGCCUUCAAGCAUUGCAAUCCUUUCAACCCUUUUGUUGUUGAUUACAUUGGCAAAUUCAGAACCCUCCAAAGACGCCUUCAUCCAAUGCCUCAAAAACCAGGCCAAUAUGUCUCCGAAACCAAUCUCGGAAGCAAUAUUCACCGCCGAAAGCCCACUAUUCAUGCCUACUUUAUUUGCCUAUUUCCGAAAUUCAAGAUUUAACAGAACCACAAACCGAAUCCCAAAUGCCAUUAUUACUGCCACACAUGAAACCCAUGUCCAAGCAACCGUGAUAUGUGCCAAAUAUCACAGCCUACUCCUUAGAAUCCGAAGCGGGGGCCACGAUUAUGAAGGCCUUUCUUAUGUGUCAAACGAACCAUUUGUUAUCCUUGACAUGUUUAGCCUCCGAUCCAUUGAUAUCAACAUACAAGCCGAAACUGCAUGGGUACAAGCGGGUGCAACACUUGGCGAACUCUAUUACAGCAUUUCCCAAAAAAGUAAGUUGCACGCCUUUCCAGGCGGCGUGUGCUCUUCUGUAGCCACAGGUGGGCAUUUCAUUGGCGCUGGGUACGGAAACUUGUUGAGAAAGUACGGAUUAACCGUUGAUAACAUAAUCGAUGCCAAAAUAGUCAAUGUUAAUGGAAAAAUCCUCGAUAGAAAAUCCAUGGGAGAAGAUGUUUUCUGGGCCAUUAGAGGCGGUGGAGCGAGUUUUGGUGUCAUUCUCUCUUGGAACCUCAAAUUGGUUUCAAUUCCUGAAGUCGUCACAUUCUUUAAGGUCGAUAGAGCCCUUGAGGAAGGAGCAGUAGAUCUAGUUCAUAUAUGGCAAGAGGUUGCGAAUAAACUACCCGAAGACAUUUUCAUAAGACUUAAGUUACAGCAUUUUCAUAAAUUUAUGGUUAGAUUCGUUGCUUUGUACCUAGGGAAAACCGACACACUUCUCCCAAUGAUGAAUCAGCGAUUUCCUGAAUUGGGUUUGAAGCAAAAGGACUGCAUUGAAACGAGUUGGGUUGAAACUACCCUUCUCUGGCAAGACAUGGACCCAAAACAGACUGACUUCUUACUUGACAGAAAGACCACUUCAACUUUUGGUCCUUCUCCCUUUAAGGUGAAAUCGGACUACGUGAAAACAUCAAUUGCGAAACCAGCAUUGGAAGAAUUAUGGAAGAAGGCAGACAACACACCGGGAUUGGUAAUGGAAUGGAAUCCAUAUGGAGGGAAAAUGAGUCAGAUUCCGGAGUCGGAGACACCAUUCCCUCAUAGGGCCGGGUACAAGUUCAAAAUCCAGUACUGGUAUUUUUCUAACGACACGUUAGAGCCACUGCAAAAGGUCUAUGACUUUAUGGCACCAUAUGCAUCGCAGUCACCACGAGAGGCGUUUCUGAACUACAGAGACCUUGAUGUUGGAAAGAAUGGAAACGGUGAGGAUCCAAAUGUUUUUGGGGCUAAGUAUUUCAAGGGGAAUUUCGAGAGGUUGAGAAAGGUGAAGACGAAGUUUGAUCCGGGUAAUUUCUUUAGGAAUGAACAAAGCAUUCCACCUCUUUCUGCUUAGAGGAAUCAUUGAACUUGUAAUAAGUUUGUCUUAAACCUUUUGUUUAUCAUGUUGUGGUGUUGGUUAAUGGAAUCUUAUCAGCCAAGUGACUAAAUGUUCUAUGUCGGUACGUACUUGUUUCUGUUGGGUACAUUAUUACUCCUAUAAGAGGCAACAAUU